CAAGCCCUAGGUUGGUCAGAAGGGAGCAGACCAACGGACAGACUUGACCCCCACCGGACCCUCCAGCCAUGAAGCUCCUCUUGGGGCUGAUCUGGGCAUCCAGCUUCUUUGCUUUGUCUCUGCAGAAGCCCAGGCUGCUCCUGUUCUCCCCUUCUGUGGUUCACCUGGGGACCCCUCUGUCGGUGGGGGUGCAGCUCCAGGAUGCACCCCCAAGACAAGUGGUUCAAGGAUCAGUGUUCCUGAGAAACCCAAGCAAUAAUGGCCACCUCUGCUCCCCAAAGAGGCACUUCACCCUCAGCUCAGAAAACGACUUCAUACUCCUGAGCCUGCAGGUCCCCCUGGAAGACGCAAACAGAUGUGGCCUCUUCAAACUGCUCAGAGCCCCUGAGGUCCAGCUGGUGGCUCAGUCUCCCUGGCUGAAGAGCUCUGUGUCCAGUGCCGUAGACAUUCAGGGUGUCAACGUGCUCUUCACAUCUCGCCGCGGGCAUCUCUUUGUGCAGACUGACCAACCCAUUUAUAACCCUGGCCAGCGGGUUCGGUACCGGGUCUUUGCACUGGACCAAAAGAUGCGCCCAUCCACUGACACACUCACGGUCACAGUGGAGAACUCUCAUGGCCUUCGUGUGCGGAAGCAGGAGGUAUACACUUCCUCGUCCAUCUACCAGGAUGACUUCAUCAUUCCAGACAUCUCAGAGCCAGGGAUCUGGAAGAUCUCGGCCCGCUUCUCAGAUGGCCUGCAGUCCAACAGCAGCACGCGGUUUGAGGUGAAGAAAUACGUACUUCCCAACUUUGAGGUGAAGAUCACUCCUGGGAAGCCAUACAUCCUGACAGCGUCCGACUACCUUGAUGACAUUCAAUUAGACAUCCAGGCCAGGUACAUCUAUGGGAAGCCUGUGCAGGGCGUGGCUUAUGUGCGCUUUGCGCUCAUGGGUGAGGAUGGGAAGAAGACUUUCCUUCGGGGACUAGAGACCCAGACUAAGCUGGUGGAAGGCCAGAGCCACAUUUCCCUCUCGAAGGCUGAGGUCCAGGCUGCACUGGAAAAGACCAACAUCCAGCUCGAUGGACUGCUGGGGCUGCGUCUGUAUGUGGCGGCAGCCAUCAUUGAGUCUCCAGGGGGAGAGAUGGAGGAGGCGGAACUCACAUCCUGGCGCUUUGUGUCAUCCGCCUUCUCCUUGGAUCUUACCCACACUAAGCGGCAUCUUGUGCCUGGGGCACCAUUCCUGCUACAGGCCCUGGUGCGAGAAACGUCAGGCUCCAUAGCCUCGAAUGUUCCUGUCAAAGUUUCUGCAACAAUAGUCUCUGGGUCAAUUUCAAAGGUUGAACACUUUCAACAAAACACAAAUGGACUUGGUCAAGUCAGCAUUUCCAUCAUUGUCCCAGCAACGGCCACACAACUGCAGCUCCUGGUGUCUGCAGGCUCCCUCUAUCCCGCAGUAGACAGACUGACCGUGCAGGCCCCGCCCUCAGAAGGCUCUGGCUUCCUGUCCAUUGAGCGGCUGGACUUCACACCCCCUCGUGUCGGAGACACUCUCAACCUGAACCUGCGAACUGUGGGCGUUACUGGGCCCACCUUCUCUCAUUACUACUAUAUGAUCCUAUCCCGGGGCCAGAUUGUGUCUGUGAGCCGAGAGCCCAGGCGGACCCUGACCUCCGUCUCCGUGUUGGUGGGCCAUCACCUGGCACCCUCCUUCUACUUUGUGGCUUUCUACUACCAUCAAGGACGCCCAGUGGCCAACUCCCUGCGUGUGGACGUCCAGGCUGGGGCCUGCGAGGGCAAGCUGGAGCUGGAUGUAGAUGGUGCCAAGGAGUAUCGGAAUGGGGACAGUGUGAAGUUACACCUGCGAACGGACUCCCCCGCCUUGGUGGCACUGGGAGCUGUGGACACCGCCCUGUAUGCUGUGGGUGGCAGGGCCUACAAACCCCUCGACAUGGGCAAGGUCUUUGAGGUCAUGAACAGCUACAGCCUUGGCUGCGGUCCUGGAGGUGGGGACAACGCCCUGCAGGUGUUUCAGGCAGCGGGUCUGGCCUUUUCUGAUGGAGCACACUUAACCACAACCAGAGAGAGCUUCGGCUGUCCCAAGGAGAAAAAGAGUCGGCAAAAGAGAAACGUGAACUUCCAAAAGGCAGUUAGCGAGAAGUUGGGCCAGUAUGCCACCCCAGAAGCCAAGCGCUGCUGCCAGGAUGGGCUGACGCGACUGCCCAUGACCCGCUCCUGUGAGCAGAGGGCCGCCCGCGUGGCCCCGGCGGCCUGCCGGGAGCCCUUCUUAACCUGCUGCCGGUUCGCCGAGGACCUGCGCAAGAAGAGCCGGGCCAGGGGCCCAGUGGGCCUCGCCAGAGCCCUGGAGGUCCUGCAGGAGGAAGACCUGAUCGAUGAAGACGACAUCCUUGUUCGCAGCGUCUUCCCGGAGAACUGGCUGUGGAGGGUGGAGACUGUGGACAGCCAUCAACUAUUGAAGCUUUGGCUCCCGGACUCUUUGACCACGUGGGAGAUCCAUGGUGUGAGCCUGUCCAAAAACAAAGGCCUGUGUGUGGCCACACCAGCCCACAUCCGGGUGUUCCGUGAGUUCCACCUCCACCUCCGCCUGCCCACGUCUGUUCGCCGCUUUGAGCAGUUUGAGCUGCGGCCGGUGCUCUAUAACUACCUGCCUGACAACCUGACUGUGAGCGUCCAUGUGGCCCCAGUGGAGGGGUUGUGCCUGGCUGGUGGUGGAGGGCUGGCCCAGCAGGUUCUGGUGCCAGCGGGCUCUGCCCGGCCUGUUGCCUUCUCGGUGGUGCCCACGGCUGCAGCAGCCAUGUCUCUGAAGGUGGUGGCUCGAGGGUCUUUCGACUUCCCUGUUGGGGAUGCAGUGUCUAAGAUUCUACAGAUAGAGAAGGAAGGAGCCAUCCACAGAGAGGAGAUUGUCUAUGAACUUAACCCCCUGGACCACCGAGGCCGGACCUUGGAAAUUCCUGGCAACUCUGAUCCCAAUAUUAUCCCUGAUGGAGAUUUCAACAGCCUCGUCAGGGUAACAGCCUCAGAUCCACUGGAGACUUUGGGAUCAGAGGGUGCCCUGUCCCCAGGAGGCCUGGCCUCCCUCCUCAGGCUUCCCCAGGGCUGUGCAGAACAGACCAUGAUCUACUUGGCUCCGACACUGACCGCUUCCCGCUACCUGGACCAGACUGAGCAGUGGAGCAAACUGCCACCUGAGACCAAGGACCAUGCCACGGACCUGAUCCAGAAAGGCUACAUGCGGAUCCAGCAGUUUCGGAAGAAAGACGGAUCCUUUGGGGCUUGGUUACACCGGGACAGCAGCACCUGGCUCACGGCCUUCGUGCUGAAGAUUCUGAGUUUGGCCCAGGAUCAAGUGGACGGCUCCCCCGAAAAGCUGCAGGAGACAGCCCAGUGGCUGCUGACCCACCAACUGGAAGAUGGCUCAUUCCACGACCCCUGUCCCGUCAUCCAUAGGCCCAUGCAGGGGGGCUUGGUUGGAAGCGAUGAGACAGAGGCGCUCACUGCCUUCGUGGUCAUUGCUCUUCACCAUGGGCUGGCCGUCUUCCAGCGUGGCAGUGCGGACCAGUUGAAGCAGAGAGUGGAAACUUCCAUCUCUAAGGCAAACUCAUUCUUGGGGAAGAAGGCAAGCGCUGGACUCCUGGGUGCCCAUGCAGCCGCCAUAACAGCCUAUGCCCUGACUCUGACCAAGGCCCCCGAGGACCUGCAGAAUGUUGCCCACAACAACCUCAUGGCCAUGGCCCAGGAUUCAGGCGAAAACCUGUACUGGGGCUCAGUCGUCGGCUCUCAGAACAAUGCCGUGUUGCCCACCCUGGCCCCUCACAGCCCAUCAGACCCCGUGCCCCAGGCCCCGGCCCUGUGGAUUGAGACCACAGCCUAUGGCCUGUUGCACCUGCUGCUGCGGGAGGGCAAGGCCGAGCUGGCCAGCCAGGCUGCCGCCUGGCUCACUCACCAGGGCAGCUUCCAAGGGGGAUUCCGCAGCACUCAGGACACAGUUGUUGCCCUGGAUGCCCUUUCUAAGUAUUGGAUUGCUUCUCACACCACCGAGGAGAAGGGACUCAAUGUGACUCUCAGCUCCAUGGGCCGCAAUGGGCUCAAGUCCCAUGUGCUGCAGUUGAACAACCACCAAGCUAAAGGGUUGGAGGAGGAGCUGCAGUUCUCCCUGGGCAGCAAGAUCAGUGUGGCAGUGGGAGGAAACAGCAAAGGUACCUUGAAGGUCCUUCGUACCUACAAUGUCCUGAACUUGAAGAACACGACCUGCCAAGACCUUCAGAUUGAGGUGACGGUCGUGGGGCACGUGGAGUACACACUGGCGGCCAGCGAGGACUACGCGGACUACGAGUACGAGGACGCGGACGCGCCGGCCGCGGACGACCCGGGGGCCCCCCCGCGGCCCGUGACGCCCCUGCAGCUGUUUGAGGGACGCAGGCGGCGCCGCAGGAGGGAGGCGCCCAAGGCCGCCGAGGAGCAGGAGCUCAGGGUGCAGUACACAGUGUGCAUCUGGCGCAAUGGCGAUCAGGGGCUGUCUGGCAUGGCCAUUGCUGACAUCACCCUCCUGAGUGGGUUCCAUGCCCUGCGGGCCGACCUGGAGAAGCUCACCUCCCUCUCUGAUCGCUAUGUGAGUCACUUUGAGACCAAUGGGCCCCACGUCCUACUGUACUUUGACUCGGUCCCGACCUCCCGGGAGUGCGUGGGCUUUGGGGCUGUGCAGGAAGUGGCUGUGGGGCUGGUGCAGCCGGCCAGCGCUACCCUCUAUGACUACUACAGCCCUGAGCACAAGUGUUCUGUGUUUUAUGGGGCACCGAGUAAGAGCAAGCUCCUGUCCACCUUAUGUUCUGCGGAUGUCUGCCAGUGUGCCGAGGGGAAGUGUCCGCGGCAGCGGCGCGCCCUGGAGCGAGGGCUGCAGGAUAAGGACGGCUACAGGAUGAAGUUCGCCUGCUACUACCCACGCGUGGCCUACGGCUUCCAGGUCCAGGUGCUCCGAGAAGAUGGCAGAGCUGCCUUCCGCCUCUUUGAGACCAGGAUCACCCACGUCCUGCACUUCACCAAGGACGCCAAGGCUGCUGCUGGUCAGACCCGAAACUUCCUGGUCCGGGCAUCAUGCCGCCUUCGCUUGGAGCCUAACAAAGAGUAUUUGAUCAUGGGUCUCGAUGGAGUCACCUAUGACCUCAAAGGAGAUCCCCAGUACCUGCUGGACUCCAACAGCUGGAUCGAGGAGAUGCCCUCUGAACGCCUGUGCCGGAGCACCCGCCAGCGGGCAGCCUGUGCUCAGCUCAACGACUUCCUCCAGGAGUACAGCACCCAGGGGUGCCAGGUGUGAGGGGACAGAGCCGCUGCCCUUGGCCCAUAAACAGAACCAGGGAAAGUCAGCAGCUGAGGCGGGCUGAGCACCUGGGGCCUGUGUUCCUGGAUUUUAUGUUUGGAGGUGUGGGAGGGAUGGGAUGCCCAGACAACAUAGCCCCAGGGGCAGGGGCUUAAUAAAUGACUUGACAACACA